UAGGGUAUCCAUUAGUACCUUUGACUUCUGAUGAAAGUGAUUCUCUUCAAACUUCACACUGAAGCGCGACUUUAUAGAGUGGUUGUUUUUGUACAGUAAUCCGAACAACCACUCAUUACUGACCAAGACGGUUUUAAAAUUAACUUUACUUAAAGACAAAUAAACUGUUCUAAAUGUCAUUAUUUAGAGAUAUUUUUGAGAUCCGUCCAUCGAAUGAAAGAUACGGAAUGUGAAUUCACAACAGACAAGAAUGCUUUUCUCAAACAAAAAAAUGGGAACCUUCAUACAUCAUAUUUGGAUAUGUACUCUGGUUUUAUUUUCCGAAACUGAAGUUUUGGGGUCCAAUGUCUGCACUUCGCGAGGUGUCAGUACCUGCAAGCAGUGUCUGGCCAUCCACCCCACCUGUGCAUGGUGCUUCCAGGAGGAUUUUGGGCAGGGGGUGGCCAGCUCGUCCCGCUGUGACCUCAGAGAGAGGCUUCUGCAGGCCGGGUGUGCAAGUCAGUUUUUGGAGUUCCCCACGAGCAGCCUGAGUGUGGAGCAGGACCUGCCUCUCAGUGGCAAAGCCACCGGGGCAGUGGAGGAUGUGGUACAGAUCCAGCCCCAGAAACUACACAUCGCCCUGAGACCUGAUGACUCCAAGCGCUUCACGGUGAAGGUGCGUCAGGUGGAGCAAUACCCUGUGGAUCUGUACUACCUGAUGGACCUGUCCUACUCCAUGAAUGAUGACCUGAUCCGCCUGCGCACCCUGGGGGACUCCCUGGCCCAAACCAUGGGCCGGACCACCAGCGACCUGCGCAUGGGCUUCGGGGCCUUCGUGGACAAGCCCCUCUCCCCUUAUAUGUACAUGUCCUCUGCGGAGGAGCUGGCCAACCCCUGCCAUGGGAUGGGCCGUACCUGUCUGCCUCAGUUUGGGUAUAAGCACGUUCUGACCUUGACGGAGGAGGUGAGCCAGUUCACUGCGGAGGUGAAGAAUCAGGAGGUGUCCCGAAACAGGGAUUCUCCCGAAGGAGGCUUCGAUGCUAUCAUCCAGGCGAUAGUGUGCCAGGAAAAGAUUGGCUGGCGACCGGGUGCGUCCCACCUGCUGGUGUUCACCACCGACGCGAAGACACACAUCGCCCUGGAUGGCCGCAUAGCGGGCCUCGUUCAGCCUAACGAUGGAGAGUGCCACUUAGACAGCGGUGGCAACUACGACAAGUCUUCUACACUGGAUUACCCCUCAUUAGCCUUGAUUACAGAAAAGCUGUCAAAGAACAACAUAAACCUGAUCUUUGCAGUGACGAGCCCUGUAAUGGAGCUCUACCAGAACUACAGUCAGCUGGUCCCCGGGACCGCCGUGGGGCUGCUAUCCUCUGAUUCCAGAAACGUGAUCCAGCUCAUCGAGACAGCGUACGCGAAAAUCCGCUCCCAUGUGGAGCUGGAGCUCCAGGGGGUGCCGGAGGAGCUCUCCCUGUCCUUCAAUGCCACCUGUCUCAACGGAGAACUCAUAACCGGCCUGAAGUCCUGCUCUGGCCUGAAGAUCGGAGACACCGUGUCUUUCAGCGUGGAGGUGUACAUGCGGGACUGUCCCGCGGAGAAGCGCAGGACCUUCACGCUGAAGCCACUGGGUUUUCGGGACACGCUCGAGAUCACCGUGGACUUCCAGUGCGAGUGCGGCUGCCAGGCCGACGCCCAGCCCGACAGCCCCGUCUGUAACCAGGGCAACGGCACCUACGAGUGCGGCGCGUGCCAGUGCGACGCGGGGUGGCUGGGCCCGCGCUGCGAGUGUGCCGAGGGGGAGUACAGCCUCUCCGAGCAGGACAACUGCAGCCCCCCCAGCUCGGGCCCCCCCGAGGCCCAGCCCAUCUGCAACGGGAGGGGCGACUGCAUCUGCGGACAGUGCAUCUGCCACGCCAGCAGUUUCGGCAAAGUCUGGGGCCGCUACUGUGAGUGUGACAACUUCAACUGCCUGCGCUACAAAGGAGAGCUGUGCUCAGGUCACGGGACGUGUGACUGCAGGACCUGCCAGUGCGACGCGGGCUGGAGGGGGGAGAACUGCAACUGCUCCACGCGCACCGACACCUGCAUGUCCGGCAUGGGCCUGCUGUGCAGCGGGCGGGGCCACUGCGUGUGCGGGGUCUGCGAGUGCACCCAGCCGGGGGCCUACGGCGGCACCUGCGAGAGAUGCCCCACCUGCCCGGACGCCUGCGCCAUCAAGAUGGAAUGUGUGGAGUGUAGACACUUUAAGCGAGGAAAGCUCUUUGAUGAGAAGAGCUGUUCCAGGAUCUGCAGGGAUGACAUCCAGCCGGUGGACAAUCUGAGCUUCCAUGAUAAGAAUGCACGUAACUGUACCUACGAGAACGAGGAUGACUGCAUACAGCACUUCCAGUACUAUGAGGAUGGCAGUGGCAAGUCCAUCCUCUUCGUGGUCAAGGAGCCAGAGUGCCCUGAAGGGCCGAACACCCGUGAGUCAGAGCUUUGUGUGUACGAGUCACCCUAACAAUCACACAGACCUUCGUGUGUACGCGUCACCCUAACAAUCACACAGAGCUUUGUGUGUACGCGUCACCCUAACAACCACACAGAGCUUUGUGUGUACGCGUCACCCUAACAACCACACAGAGCUUCGUGUGUACGCGUCACCCUAACAAUCACACAGAUCUUCGUGUGUACGCGUCACCCUAACAAUCACACAGAUCUUCGUGUGUACGCGUCACCCUAACAAUCACACAGACCUUUGUGUGUACGCGUCACCCUAACAAUCACACAGAUCUUCGUGUGUACGCGUCACCCUAACAAUCACACAGAGCUUCGUGUGUACGCGUCACCCUAACAAUCACACAGACCUUCGUGUGUACGCGUCACCCUAACAAUCACACAGACCUUCGUGUGUACGUGUCACCCUAACAACCACACAGAGCUUCGUGUGUACGUGUCACCCUAACAACCACACAGAGCUUUGUGUGUACGUGUCACCCUAACAAUCACACAGAUCUUUGUGUGUACGUGUCACCCUAACAACCACACAGAGCUUUGUGUGUACGUGUCACCCUAACAACCACACAGAGCUUUGUGUGUACGUGUCACCCUAACAACCACACAGAGCUUUGUGUGUACGUAUCACCCUAACAACCACACAGAGCUUUGUGUGUACGUGU